AUGGAUCCGUUUGCACUGCUGCGUGGUGGGUUGAGGUUUGACAAGGAGAAGGAUGACAAGGUGCGGCAGAUCUUCGAGGCAGACUCUGAGGAUGACGACAGCACUUCCCAAACCCUCGUCGUGAAGACAAAGCCAAAGGGAAAGAAAGGCAGGGAGGCGAGCAAGAGGAGACAUGAUGACCGUGACGACGAUGACGACGAUGAUGAAGAUGAGGAUGACGGGGCAGAAGACGUGCACCAAGACAGCAGCGACGAGGAGGACGAUGACGAUGAGCUGGAAGUAGACCUGGAUGAGGACGAGGACGAGGAUGACGAUGACGACGAAGAGGAGGACGGUGAGGAAGAGGAUGACAGUGUUGAAGGGAGGCUUGCCAAAGCCAAGCGAAUUGGCCCCAAGAAGGUGAGGAAGCAGCAUCAGAUCCAAGUCAAGGGCGACGAUGUGCCUCCGCCCGUUGUUGCAUUUCAGCAGCUGAGCGACUAUGAUGUGCCGAAAGUCGUCCUCUCAAACCUCUGCAAGAUGCACGAGAAGCCAACGCCAAUCCAGAUGCAAGCCAUACCAGCCAUGCUGAAGAAGCGAGAUGUGGUCGGCAUUGCUCCAACAGGUUCUGGCAAGACGUGUGCGUUUUCGUUUCCGCUGCUGGCGAAUCUUGGCAAGCACGAUGACAGCGGCAUCCGCGCUGUUGUCGUCGCGCCCACGCCCGAGCUCGCAUUUCAGAUCAAGAGCGAGCUGGAGCUGUUGAGUCGGGGCAGCAAGCUGUCGAUCCAACUGCUGACGAAAGCGAAUGUCGGCAACGUCGCAAAGGCCCGCCAACGCUCCCACGACAUCCUCGUGUCGACGCCGCGGCGACUCGUGUACUGCCUGAGCAAAGGGCUGAUUGACCUUGCGAAAGUGUCGUGGGUGGUCAUUGACGAGGCCGACACGCUGUUUGAAAACGGAUACGAGACACAGCUUGAUGAGAUCUUGCACGCCUGCGCCAACAGGGAGCAUGUCUCCCUCUUCAGCGCGACCAUGGGAGUGAAUCUUGUUAUCAACUUUGAUUUCCCGCCAUCCGCAAACGAAUACAUCCACCGCGUUGGCCGGACUGGCCGUGCUGGGCGCACGGGUACCGCCAUCACAUUCUUCACAACACGCGACGCUCCCAUCCUCAGAUCGAUUGCGUCUGUGAUCCGGGCGUCUGGGUGCGAUGUUCCCGACUGGAUCUUCCAACUGCCAAACUUGCCGAAGAAGCAGCGGUCGCGGACGGUGACGCGCGCGACGAUCAGCUCGAGCGCAGCGGCGAUGAUGGCGGACAAGGCAAAGCGGCGCGCGUGGGCAGAGAAGCAGCGCGCCGGCAAGGGAAAGAAGGCGAAGCGCGGGAAGAAGAAGAGUGGUGGUCGUGGUGGCGGUGGUGGUUCGAAGAAGGGGAAGAAGCAGGGUGCUGUGGACUUGGCAGAGUGAUGGAUGAGGGUGGAUGGUUCUUCUCUCAUACAUGCAUACGCUGCGAUGGAUGAACAUGUG